AUGGGCAUCACCAAGAUGAACAUGGCCGUGAUGGAGGAGGCCAUUGGUUACUUCGAGCAGCAGCUGGCGACCCUGCAGCAGCUCAGCGGAAACGAGUCGGUGCUGGACCGGGGCCGGGCCUACGGCAACCUGGGGGAUUGCUACGAGGCCCUGGGUGACUACGAGGAAGCCAUCAAACACUACGACCAGUACCUGUCUGUUGCCCAGAGUCUGAACCGGAUGCAAGACCAAGCCAAGGCUUACCGGGGCCUCGGAAAUGCACACAGUGUUGCUGGCCAAAGGGUGCUGUCCUCCCAGACACGGGGAACCCGCGAAGGCGCCCCUGUCUGCAGAAUGUACGCCCUCACCAGAGAGGAUGAGGGCGAUGGGAAGCCUGCAGCAAGCCCUCGUGUGCUUGAGAAGAGGCUGGUGGUGGCCCACGAGCUCGGGGAGGCCUUCAACAAAGCCCAGGCCUACGGCGAGCUGGGGAGCCUGCACAGCCAGCUAGGGAACUACGAGCAAGCCAUUUCCUGCCUGGAACGCCAGCUGAACCUUGCCAGGGAGAUGAAGGACCGGGCCCUGGAGAGUGACGCGGCCUGUGGCCUGGGGGGCGUCUACCAGCAGAUGGGGGAGUACGACAGAGCCCUGCAGUACCACCAGCUCGACCUGCAGAUCGCAGAAGAAACCAAUAACCCCACGUGCCAGGGCCGGGCCUACGGGAACCUGGGCCUGACCUACGAGUCCCUAGGCACCUUCGAGAGGGCCGUGGUCUAUCAAGAACAGCACCUGAGCAUAGCCGCCCAGAUGAACGACUUGGUGGCCAAGACGGUGUCCUACAGUAGCCUUGGGAGGACUCAUCACGCCUUGCAGAACUAUUCGCAGGCAGUCAUGUACUUACAGGAAGGUUUAAGGUUAGCCGAGCAGCUGGGACGAAGAGAAGAUGAGGCAAAAAUUCGUCAUGGGCUUGGCCUGUCCCUGUGGGCCAGUGGAAACCUAGAGGAAGCCCAGCACCAGCUUUACAGGGCAUCAGCCUUGUUCGAGACCAUCCGGCACGAGGCGCAGCUGAGCACGGACUACAAACUCUCUCUGUUCGACCUGCAGACGUCUUCCUACCAGGCCUUGCAGCGGGUGCUUGUCAGUUUAGGCCACCACGAUGAAGCCCUGGCGGUGGCUGAGAGAGGCAGGACGAGGGCGUUUGCUGAUCUUCUGGUAGAACGACAGACAGGCCAGCAGGGCUCCGACCCCUACUCCCCCGUCACCAUCGACCAGAUCCUGGAGACGGUCAACGGGCAGCGGGGGCUGGUGCUUUACUACUCCCUGGCCGCCGGCUACCUGUACAGCUGGCUGCUCGCUCCAGGGGCAGGGAUUCUGAAGUUUCACGAGCACUACCUGGCUGACAGCGUGGUGGAGGUGGGAUAA